GGAAAUGCGAAGUAAAUUUUGUUUUCAAUUAACAAGCAAAUUCGAGCACUUAUUGAUUUUGGAAAUUUUGAAUUUUGAGUUCGUGGUGUUGGGAGCAGAGCCCUAAUGAGCAGCCAAUGUCGGAAUCAUCAUCUUCCACUCUCCGAGAUACUCUCCUUCGGUUAUCAAAUUCAAUCACUGACUUUCUAGCAACAACUCCUUACAAAAGCUCCAACAUCUCCGUCAAAGCAUUUCUUGAACCACUUCUGACAUGCACAAAUUCCACCAUCCACACUUCUAUCAAAGACUUCGCUCUAGCAUGUGCUCUUCUAUCUUCUUCCACUGACACCAAUUCAGAGCUUCUUUCAUGGAUCCCUAAUCACCUUUCCUCCCUUGCAACCACUUCCUUUUAUCAACUCUCCGAAGCGUACCUCACUGUCUUCAACGAUAGGAACUCCCAGAAGGUUGCUGAAUUAGGUUUGAAUUGUGACCUUGUUCCUCCACAGAAGAGGUUGCUUCUCGAAUUGGUUCCUGAUGUACUUCCUUUUCUGAAAGAGAGAAUUAAGGAGAGUUCUAUUGAUAAGUCUGAUGAGUAUGACGAGUUUUCCGCUGCAUCUGCUAGAGUUCCAGUUGGGUUUGCGAUUCUUGCUUCUUUUCAGUUUAGAUGGUUUGUUACUCAGGUUGAUUAUCCUCAUUUGGGAAAGUUGUGUGGAUGGGUGAUUCCUUGUGCAUUGACUGCUGUUGAUCAUUGGUCGCCAGCCGUGAAGGGACAAGGCAUGGUUAGCUUUAUACAUCUUGGGAAAAAUGUGGAUGCUGCUGAACUCGGUGGGUAUGAGGAUGUGAUACUUGAUGCCUGCUGCCAGAAUAUUGCUUCUGAUGAUGAAAUAUGGCACUAUGUGAUUGAAGCAUCAGUAAUUUUCAUGUCUCUUACUCAGAAAAGUAAUCCACGCGGUCUGUGGUUUGAAAGGAUGUUGAACGAGAUGUUAAGUCACUUGGAGCGUCAACCAAGAAACAAAGAGCGCCGCAUUGCAUGGCUUAAAUCUGUUGAAUCACUAUUUAAUGGAGUUGGUCUUGUGCUUUUAGCUCACUUCAGGCGCAUUUUCCCAUUAUUUUUUCAGUGGAUGCAUGCCGAUGAUGAUGAUACUGUUAUUUUGGUUCUGAAGUGUACUUACACAGUUUUGAGAUUAACGUGGAUUAGGAAUUCACCAUAUGUUGCAAGAUUGGUAGAUGAAUUGGCUCUUGUGUAUAAGGAGGCAGCACUGGCAACAGCCAAGGAAGAUAUUAGAGCAAAUAUAUCUCAGAUACUGGUCCUACUUCAAGAAAUCAGAGGCCAACGUUUUAAUAUAGCUUGGGACAAGCAUCAAUCCGAUCCAGAUUUGACCACUCUUAAUCUGUCAUUAAGUGGAAGAAACCAUUCUAACCUUGAUAACCUAACCCUACCUUUAGAGAUCAUUCAGAAGGGUUCUGCAAGUGUUCAAACAUGACAAGUGAACAUUCAUUUUUUAUUAUUUCAAUGCUAUACAUGGUUGCAACAAUUUGGGUUCAUGUGUAGAUGUAAUUAACAAGGACAAAUUCUGGAGCAUGAAUGAAAAGCAAAGCUUUAUUUUAUAUA